CGCCGGUCGAGCCAAAAACAUUUGUGUGGACCGUGUGAGCGCGUAAGAUCACAAUGAAGCUUCUGUUGGUUCUUCCACUUCUGGUGGCUGCGGUCUCUGGCCAGGGAUUCGGUGGAUUUGGCGGUGGAUUUGGAGGUAAUCGCGGAGGUGGAUUCGGUGGUCUAGGCAACAAUCCAGUGGCUGGAGCAUUCCAAAAUGUGGCAGGCGCCGUUCAGAAUGCUGCGGGCAACAUUGCCAGCGCCGUGUCCAAAGUGCCUCUGCUCUCGAAUGUCCAGGACUUUGGUGACUUUUUGAGUCAAUCUGGAAAGACCUACUUGUCCGCCGCUGAUCGCGCUCUUCACGAGAAUGCCUUCGCUUCCACCAAGAACCUGGUGGAUGCCGGAAACGCAGCCUUCGCCCAAGGAGUGAACACCUUCAAGCAGACUGUGAACGCCUUUGCCGAUCUGACCCACGCUGAGUUCCUCAGUCAAUUGACCGGUCUCAAGAGAAGCCCGGCGGCUAAAGCUCGUGCUGCUGCCAGUUUGAAGGAGGUCCAGUUGCCUGCAAAGCCCAUCCCGGAUGCCUUCGAUUGGCGCGAGCAUGGCGGUGUCACCCCCGUCAAAUUCCAGGGAACCUGCGGCUCCUGCUGGGCUUUUGCCACCACUGGAGCCAUUGAGGGACACACCUUCCGCAAGACCGGCAGCCUGCCCAUCCUCUCUGAGCAGAAUCUGGUCGACUGUGGCCCAGUCGAGGACUUCGGCCUGAAUGGCUGCGAUGGUGGCUUCCAGGAGGCCGCGUUCUGUUUCAUCGAUGAGGUGCAGAAGGGCGUGUCCCAGGCGGGAGCCUAUCCCUACAUCGACAGCAAGGACUCAUGCAAGUACGACGGCAGCAAGUCCGGAGCCAGCCUUCAGGGAUUCGCCGCCAUUCCGCCCAAGGACGAGGAGCAGAUGAAGAAGGUGGUGGCCACCCUGGGACCAAUUGCCUGUUCGGUGAACGGCUUGGAGACUCUUAAGAACUAUGCCGGUGGCAUCUAUAACGACGAUGAGUGCAACCAAGGCGAGCCCAACCACUCGAUUCUGGUCGUCGGUUACGGAUCGGAGAACGGACAGGAUUACUGGAUCGUCAAGAACUCGUGGGACGACACCUGGGGCGAACAGGGCUACUUCCGCCUGCCUCGCGGCCAGAACUACUGCUUCAUUGCUGAUGAGUGCUCCUAUCCAGUGGUUUAAGCGGGUAUUCCGAAAUAUGUGCCGAAAUGUACUGUGGAGUUUGUGAUGUGGACUUGGCGUUGCUUGCGUCCAUUUCUUAAAUAAAAGUCUUCUAAAUAUA